ACGUGCCCAGUCGGUUCUCUCUCGCUCUCGCUGGAAAAGCAACAAAAAACAAGACAGGCAAAGGUAAACAGUGGACAAAGACACCGGCAGGAUAACAAAGGAAGUGGAGAGCAAUUCCACCGGAAGCGGAAGUGCAUUUGGCCAAGGAAAAAGGAAGCAAGGAAUUAAGUGACUGCAGCGCUAAUAAGGAAAUUACGCAUACGCACGGCUGGCAGCUGUUGGCUAAUAAGGAAAUUACUCAUACGCCGCGUUGGCCUUUGAUGAGGUAGAUCUCCCUAGGAAGAACAAAAGAUGGGCACUCCACAUGUCUGCUUCGCCGAUGAGCAGCAGCCGCAACACAAGACCGCCAGCGAUGGCAGCCUGAACAACAACAACAACAAGCUGGACGUGGGCUACAACAACACCACGGGCAACGGCACCCCCUCGCCGGGCGGCAGCCUCAGCGUCUCGCCAACGCCGCGCUACGAACGCAAUCUGGGCUUCUUUCGGCAGCUGAGCCGCCGCUUCGGCCUGAGGUCGCAGGAUGACCUAGUUCAGUCGUCGUCGGAUGACGCAGCCAGCGUUGCAACAUCGACAAGUGGAGGCGGCGGAGCAGGCGGUGGCACGGGGGGAGUGGCCGGGGUCACGCUCCAGGAGGAGGACGCGCACAGUUCAUCGACCGACUCGUGCUCCUCGGGGCGUGGCCUCAGCGUGGCCCACCAGUCGCGACUGGAACUCAUGUCCAUGUCGUGUGCCUCCAGCGAGACGAGCAGCACCCUGGACAUCGAGGAGCAGCAGGAGCAACUGCAGCAGCAGCAGGAGCAGGUGCAACAGCAAUCGAAGAGAAAACCCAUCAGCCGGGCCAGUUUCUCGCGCCUCCAUCGACGCUCCACAUCCUCGCUGCGCCGCGCCUUCGAGAGCCUUUCGCUCACCUCGCGUUCCCUGUCCUGCAGCGGUCCCUCACCUCCGCCGCCGGCCGCCCAUCCUCCAUCGAUGGCCAGCGGUCAGCCUGCAGCGCCACUGCCCCUCAAGUCGGCUCUCAAGUCCGCCUCAAAUGUGGAGCUCCACAGACAGCAGCAGCAGCAUCUGCAGCAGCACCACCAUCAACAUCAUGCUAUGGGCAAGUCAUCCUCAUCGUCCUGCAGUUCAGUGGCCAAAGGCAAGGUGAAGCCGCCGCCACAGAGGAUCCUGCGGCAGCCCGUCUCCUACACAUAUCUCAAGGGCAUGUCCGGUCUGCCGACGCAGCGGGUGCCACGCAGCUCCGUCUGCUGUCAGUAUGCACGGCGCUAAGGACGCACUACUCAGGUGCCAAUCAGAAGGGAUAACCAGGAUAAUAAGGCAAUGAAAAGAGAGGAGAUUCAGAAAGAGAGAGAGUAUCAGGAACCACUAAUCAGCUAGUAAAGCAAUCAUCCUUGUCCUUUAAGUAAGAGGUUAUCUAAAAAUACGUUUAUAAAACAAAUUAUUUUUUAGUUCAAUGAAUUUUUUUAAUUCCCUUUUUUUUAAUUUUAUUUGUUUUUAUGAAAAUUAGAAAAUCUAAUCCUUUUAAAUGUAUUAUUAUUAGUUUACAUAUGUAAAGUUAGCUUUAACCAAAUCUAAUAUAAAAAGGUAACUUAGUUUUAACCAAAACAACACUAUUCCCAAUUUGCAAGCAUAGCUACCUAAGGUUUUAAAUUACUUUUUAAAUUUAGUUCAGGUAAAGUACCCUUCCAGAUAUUAAUACUUUAAGAUCCCUAAGAACCAUUAAGUAAGGCACUUCUAUUGGAAACAUCAUCUUCCACUCAACCCUCCCCAUCCCAAUCCCUGAAAUUCAUUUCAAAAUCUGUGAUACAACAAUCGAAACCCUGUCCCUGACCACCCCGACAACCCCUUCCCUUCCGACUCCAUCGUAUCCGAAAGUCUUUAGAAAAAACAUCGGCAGAAUUGGAAAAAAACUAACCAACUUAAUUGAUAAAAGUUUUAUAAACAUUUGAAUAACUUUUGCACUUAAUAUAUACUAAUUUAAUCGUAGAUGCGUAGAAUUCGUCAGAUAUAGAGCCUAUAUACACACAUUUGUCACCGCUUUGAUGCUAGAUCAAGAUCAUUCCACACGCAUACCAAAGACUGUAAACGCAAGUAAAAAUUGAGAAGAAAUUAGGAAGCUUGAUUGAAUCGAUUGGAAGAGUCACAAUAGAUUUCCUUUUUGUAUAGAUUCUUAUACAAUUCGUGCCUUUAUCAAAAAGUCAAAGCAAACACAGAGAUUCACGUAAACAACAUUGGUUCCAAGAGAAAUCACUUAAGAAGUACGAUAUGCUAAGUUUAGGUAAAUUUCCUUUUUAAACGUUAAAUGGGAUCAAAAUUUGUCUGGCAUUUAUCUAUGUUCCGCAGUCCUAACUGAAUCAGCCAAAAAAAGAACUCUCCUAGGAAUCACUAAUUAUUUACUUUAAGACUUUUAUUCGUAUAAAUAAAAUAAUAAUUUGCCAACAAGAAUUAACACACUCCAAAGAUAUAAUAUGCCCAGCACUUCAGUAAGUAGAGUUCAGAAGUAGAUAUUAUAUAGCAAGUCUAAGGAAGCCGCGAAACUGACUUAAGAGUACUCAACAUAUACAUUACUUUAGCAGUUAUACACAUUUACAGUUUAUAGAGAAGCAUAUUAAAUGGAAAGCAAACCAAGGCCUAACUAUAUAUAUAUUUGGAUGCGAACGCAUUGAAUCCCAAGCCAAAGCAAUAAGAGUUGAUGGAUUAUACAAAACAAUAUCACCAUUAUUAUACACAUAUAUACAGCAGCAUAUACUUAUUAAUAACUAUUUACCUAAGCAGCAAACAGAGCAGCAAAGAAUUGUAAUCAUCUGAAAGGCCCAUGCCACACAGCAAAGAGAGUUCAAUAAAAGUGAAA